AUGAAUCAGCAAUAUUUUCAUCAAAAGUUUGAUGACUUUCACAGCAGUGGACCGAGACCACCCGUGCCCGGAGAGGAAAGCCGUCGGAAGAUGACGGAAACGUCACAUUCGGAUCGAACGCGGGACGGUUCGCCGCCGUCAUACGUUCGAUGGGCCCAGAAACUUGCCUACCUGCUGGAGGAUGGUGACGGGGCCGAGCUGUUUAAGCGCUACGUUGAACUGGAAGGCGAGGAACCUUCGAAUCGGCUCAAGUUUUACUUUGCCUGCGAAGGGCUGAAGCAACAAACGGAUCCGGACAAGGUAACGCAACUGAUCGGUGCCAUCUAUCGGCGGUUUCUCAAGAAGGCCCAACCCGGUUCGGAGCUGUACGUGAACGAAUCGCUGCGGAACUUCAUAAAGGCAGGCCUCAAGAAUGAGCUGGAGCUUACGCCGGACAUCUUCGAUCAGAUGCAGGCCGACGUGGCGAACAUUAUUGCCGAAACGACCUAUCCGCACUUCCUGCAGUCCGAUCUGUACCUGCAGUAUGUGCAGAACAUGCAGAGUUCGAGCAGCAGCAGCAGUGUGAUCGGUAGCGGAAGCAACUGUAGUCUCGCAACGGCGGCAGUGCCUUCGACGAGCGGUGGAGCCGGUUCGUCCGUAGCCGGAACAUCGCACGGUGGAGCUGGAGGUAGUAGCAGCAGCGCCGGUGCCGGUGCAUCCUGUUCUCUUACGAGUAGCAGUUCCACCUCCGAGCUGUUCCUGCAUAGUUCAUCGGCCCUACCAACGGUGCACGAGGAUGCGGAAUUAGCCAAUGCCGAUUCGAUCGAACAGCUGUACGGUGCUACCGGGCCGGGUUUAGACAGUCAUAUGGCGUUGGGAGCUCAACCGCUUGUACCACCCAGCGCGACGGGCUCAACAUCCACCUCUAAGGUACCGAUGACGCUGACAAAGGAUGCACUGAUGGCAACACAGAAACGACGGCUCGAGAUGAGACCACCCGGACCACGCGGCUACUCCGUGUACACCGCCUAUGCAUCCUAUAAUCCGGUAUCGCGACGAGACUCAGAACUGGCCAGUCUGAGUUCCGGCCGUACCGAUUCCGAUACGAUGUCUCUCUCGAGCAUAUCCACUGAUGGACGGCCACAUUCGCAAAGAAAACAUCAUCACCAUCACCAUUCGUCCAUCGAGCGAAGAAUGAUGCGUGAAAAUGCCUUAACCAACGAAGAAGUCGAUACGUUUUCGAUUAUCCCACGGACCCACCGGCACACGCAGAAGCAACCACCGCCAAUGGAGUUUGCAAAAAUUCUAAUCAACAAGCUGGAGAACGUAGCCCGUGAGCAGGAAAAAGAUGAAGUGUUGUGUAAAAAGAUGCAGGAGGCCGAACUGUCCGAUCGAUCGCAGAAUAAGGUGCUCGCUGAUGCCAUCCGACAGAAGCUGCAGGUGGACGAUGAUAAUGAUCAGGACAUUCUGGAUCAACAUGUGUCCAGGGUGUGGUCGGAUCUAACGCCAAGCCGUUCACCGGGCACGAUGUCACCGUGUCCACCGAACGUUAUCGGUUCACGGUCCCGCCGUCACGAACAGGCCGCGUUUGGAGCACAAUCUAUGCGUCAUUCAAAAUCGAUGCCCGAAGGACAUCCGCUGAUGGGACCACCGAUGCAACCAGUGCCGAUGCAAAUGUCUUCCGGAUCGCGCAAGCUGCAAGCUAACAAGUGGCCAUCGGUCAAUACGGAUAGUGGCAUCAGUCUGUUCUCGACCGACACGCUGACGAAGCACAGCAGCAGUGGUGGCGGUAGUCGAGGAGAGUUGAGCCUUGGUAGCAGUUCGCGUCCAUUGUCGCGUAACAUGCAUUCGGACAUGCACACUGCAACGCUGCUGCAGGAAUCAAGCCGCCGACUGGAGGAUGAAACGCGACGAUCGAAGCGAUACCAGUAUCCACUGCCAUCUAGUGUAAUACAGAGCAUGCCCUUGCCACCGGUUCCAUCGUCGUCGGGUGGUUUCAGUAACAACCUUCCAUCGACCAUGCCACCACCACCAAUACCUGCCAAACCGCUUCAGGCCCCGAACGAGUUCACCAUCGUCGUGUACUCGUUCUGUGAUGAGGAGGUCCCGUACAGGAUAAAGAUUCCCGGUACGCAACCGCCGACACUGAAACAAUUCAAGGAUUAUCUACCCAAGAAGGGAAACUAUCGCUUCUUCUUUAAAACGCGCUGCGAGGACCUGGACAACCCUGUCAUUCAGGAGGAGGUGAAUAGCGACAGUGAACCCUUGCCCCUAUUCGAGGGCAAGGUCAUGGGUACCGUCAAACCUUCGGAGUAG